AUGGCGGCUCCAGCAGAUAUUGAGAAAAGCCCUCCUGAAUAUAAACGCGGCUCGUAUGAGAUAAACCCCACGAAUUCACUGGAAGAUGCCACCCAUUGGCGAAAGAGCAGUGCCGUGGACAGAGAUGUUCUUACAGGCGAGAUUUUUGACGACCGCUAUGAGUCCACUCAGCGAGGCCUGAAGAGCAGGCAUGCUCAGAUGAUCGCCCUCGGCGGAACCAUUGGUACUGGAUUGUUCGUGGGUUCUGGACAGACGCUUGCUCGCGGUGGCCCGGCCUUCAUUCUGGGGUCUUACAUGUUCAUGUCCUUUCUCAUCUGGUGCAUCGUGACUGGUAUGACCGAACUAUCAGCAUGGAUACCCACCAAAGGCUGCUCGAUGAAUUUGUUCGGCUGGAGAUAUGUCAGCCGUUCCCUCGGAUUUGCCAUGGGCUGGCUGUACUUCUACAGUUUGGGAAUCUUGGUGCCGUACGAGAUCACUGCUGCUGGUCUGGUCAUCGAGUAUUGGAAUGCACCGGUCAACAUUGCUGUCUGGAUAUCGAUCAUGAUUGUCGUGAUUGUUGGUCUUAACGCAUUGCCAGUAAAGUUCUAUGGCGAGACAGAAUUCUGGUUCGCUGGACUGAAGGUUAUCAUGAUGAUUGGCUUGCUUAUUAUGUCUGUGGUGCUGUUCUUCGGAGGUGGCCCUGAUAAAGAUCGUCUUGGUUUCCGCUAUUGGAAGAAUCCAGGAGCAGCCAAUACGUACCUCGCGGAUGGCAACACUGGGAGAUUUAUCGCGCUGCUGUCGACGCUCGUUCUUUCGGCAUUUCCAUUCUCUUUUGCCCCUGAGCUGCUGGUAGCAACAGGCGGUGAAAUGGAGUCACCCAGACGUAAUUUGCCAACUGCUGGCCGUCGAUACAUCUGGCGUUUGAUCAUUUUCUACGUCGGCUCAGUGCUUGCAAUCGGCGUCAUUUGUCCAUCAAAUGACCCUGCCCUUACGAGCGGUGGAGCUGGUGCCGGCUCGUCACCUUUCGUGGUCGCCAUCAAGAACGCCGGCAUUCCAGCACUGGAUUCCGUCAUCAACGCCGGUAUCAUUAUCAGUGCCUGGAGCUCAGGGAAUUCGUUCCUAUUCCUCUCCUCCCGAUCGCUCUACGCCCUUGCGCUCAGCGGCAACGCUCCGAAGUACUUCAAAGCGUGUACCAAAAGUGGUGUUCCCUACAUGGCCGUCAUUGCCAGUUCGCUCUUCUGUGCACUGGCCUACCUAAACGUCGCCAACAACAGCGCCGUAGUCUUCAACUGGUUCGUCAACUUGACCAACACCUCCGGAUUCAUCAGCUGGAUCUGCUGCGCCAUCGUCUACAUUCGAUUCCGCAAGGCUUGCAAGGCUCAGGGUAUCACCUACUCAAUGCUGCCCUACCACUCCAAGAUCCAGCCUUUCGGAAGCUGGUUCGCGAUGGUCUGCUUCUUCUUUUUGCUCCUUAUCAACGGUUUCACAGUCUUCUGGCCUCAGAACUGGUCAGCUUCGGCGUUCUUGACGGCCUACGUGGGGAUUCCUCUCUUCUUGGUCUUCUACGUCGGUCACAGAAUCUACACCUGGAGCGACCCGUGGGCACAUCCUCCUGAGGAAGUUGACCUCCAUACUGGUUUGGAAGAGGUCAUCGCAGAGGAAACACCCGGAAGAGAAUUCAAGGGAUGGCGAAAGAUCAGGCAUAUCUGGGAGUAG